AUGGAAUCUACGGAAGACGAGUUUUAUAGCAUAUGCGUUAACUUGACAAGUGAAGAAAUUGCCAGUGUUGGAGGCUGUAAUUAUAGUACAGAAUAUGAAAAUGGAGAACUUCUCGAAAAGGUCGUAUCCAGAGUUGUUCCAAUUUUUUUCGGAUUUAUUGGAAUUGUUGGACUAGUUGGAAAUGCAUUGGUAGUACUUGUAGUCGCUGCAAAUCCUGGAAUGCGAUCAACCACUAAUUUAUUAAUAAUCAAUUUAGCCGUUGCUGACUUGCUCUUCGUUAUUUUCUGUGUCCCCUUCACUGCAACUGACUAUGUAAUGCCAAGAUGGCCCUUUGGAGAUUGGUGGUGUAAAGUUGUUCAAUACUUCAUCGUCGUCACAGCACAUGCGUCUGUCUACACGCUUGUUCUAAUGUCAUUGGACAGGUUUAUGGCUGUGGUCCACCCAAUAACCUCAAUGUCUAUAAGAACAGAAAAAAAUGCGCUUUUAGCUAUAGCCUGUAUAUGGGUGGUAAUCCUUACCACAGCAAUACCAGUAGGAAUAUGUCAUGGUGAAAGAGAAUAUUCUUAUUUUCAUAGAAACCAUUCCUCUUGUGUAUUUUUGGAGGAACAGGGAUAUAGCAAGUUGGGUUUCCAAAUGUCCUUCUUUUUAUCAUCAUAUGUGAUACCGUUAGCGCUUAUCAGUGUGCUUUAUAUGUGCAUGCUCUCAAGACUAUGGAAGAGUGCCCCUGGUGGGAGGGUAUCGGCCGAGAGCCGAAGGGGAAGAAAAAAAGUUACGAGGAUGGUUGUGGUCGUCGUAGUUGUGUUCGCAGUGUGCUGGUGUCCCAUACAGAUAAUCCUGCUAGUGAAGGCAUUAGACGCCUACAACAUCACCUACUUCACCGUGACCGCUCAGAUCGUUUCGCACGUGCUGGCCUACAUGAAUAGUUGCGUCAAUCCUGUACUUUAUGCCUUCCUGUCGGAGAACUUCAGGGUCGCAUUCAGAAAGGUGAUGUACUGUCCACCACUCUACACCGACGGUAUGUCUGGUCGUCCUCAACCGACGAAGACCACCCGCACUGGAAAUGGGAACUCUUGCCACGAUAUUGUC